GCAGUUUAAAUCACAAACAGGUGGCUCUCAGAACGGAAACGUCCUUAUUUAGAAAGGCCUCGAGCAGACGACUUUCCCCCACUCCAUGUCAAUAUAUAAACAGUGGAAAACGGAGGCGAACAGUGUGCAGCGAAAAAUGACUCCCGUGAUUGUUGCCUUGACAUUUGGAUAGGGAUUUUGAUUACUUCACAGUGAAUGAUUCUGAAUAACAUACCAGCAACCAUACAUUUGAACCACUGCUACAUUUUUGAUCCUGAUUCGAAGUGCCCGAAAACUUUAACCUCAUGAUGUUUCCACCAAAUAUUUUGCGUCUCUGUUUAUUCAUUACGUUUUUAAGUUUGGGACUCGGAAGUCAGAAACCAAGCAUAUACUAUUUGCACGUAACAUCCGACAUCCGGUUCCGGUUUGCAACCACCCUGGUCACGAGUAAGGUAGCGAACCCCGCCAACACGUCACAAGAGGUCAAAUUUGACGUCACACUUCCAGAUGAAGCUUAUAUAUCAGAUUUCAAAAUGGAGAUCGGGGGUAGGAUUUAUCCUGGAGAAAUUAACGAGAAGGCGGCAGCCCAGAAACAGUAUGACGCCGCCAAAAAGAAAGGUCAAAGUGCAGGACAGGUCAAGCAACAACCAAGAAAGACUAACAGUUUCUCGGUUGAUGUAAACGUUGGUGCUCAAGAAAAAGUCGUUUUCAAUCUGACCUACCAGGAACUGUUGAAACGAAAACGAGGCUCUUAUGAACACGUGAUCUACAUAGACCCAAAACAGGUUGUUAAAGACUUUCAGAUCGGCGUCUCCAUAGAAGAAUCAAGGGACAUAACUACUGUUCGAGUUCCGCCACUUCGGAACGACUUGGAGCAAGCUGUUAAUCAAACAGGUCAAAAUUCUCUAGCUGUGAUAGAAAGACCCACUAAGCGCUCAGCAAGUGUUUCAUUCAGCCCUUCGGAAGCAGAUCAGAGGCUAAGCUCGAGUCAAGGAAUAUCCGGGCUCUUUGUUGUGGAAUACGAUAUUGACAGAAAAUCAGACGCCGGUGACGUAUUGGUUGUUGAUGGCUAUUUUGUACACUUUUUUGCUCCAUCGGAUAUGAAGGAAAUCCCGAAAGAUGUUCUCCUGAUUUUGGAUUGCAGUGGUUCAAUGGGUGGGAGGAAAAUCGGGCAAAUGAAAGCCGCGGUCAUUGGUGUCCUUAAGGAUCUUCACGAGGGUGACAGAUUCAACAUUUUGGUGUUUUCUGACAGUGUAGAAUACUACAAAAAGUCGAUGGUUUAUGCUAAUAAGAAGUCAAUAGAUGACGCAAAGAAAUAUGUGCAAUCUUUGUCGGCAACAGGAGGGACAAACAUAAAUGCUGGUAUGUUACAAGGAGUUGAUUUUCUGAAGACGUCAGGUGAUAUCAAUGAAAGAUCCCAAGUAGUAUUUUUCUUGACCGAUGGCGAGGCUACAUCAGGAAUUACAGAUAAUAGUAGAAUUCUCGAGAAUAUUCGAAAUGCAAACUCGAAAGCUUUUCCUGUAUACAGUUUAGCGUUCGGAAAAGGUGCAGAUUAUGAAUUCGUCAAAAAGGUGGCCGUGCAAAACAACGGGCUAAGUCGCAGAAUUUACGAAGAUUCAGAUGCAACACUUCAGAUAAAAGGAUUCUACGACGAAGUGUCUUCUGCCAUUCUGAAAAACGUAACGUUUAAAUAUUUGAACAAUGCGUCAAGCGUUCAAAAUUUGACCACAGUUAAUUUCCCUUCCUAUUUCACUGGAUCAGAAAUCGUGGUUGCUGGAAAAAUUGAAAACAACGCAGUGCGACUUUUUGAUCUCUCGGUGCAAGGUCUUGGCUCCACAGGUUCUGUAGAGUUGGCUCUUUCGGCUGACGUCAAAUCGAAACCGUUUCCAGAGCUUACAAAAUCGGGGGAUUAUGAGCAAAUUACAGAAAAGAUAUGGGCGUACCUGACCAUCAAGCAACUCCUCGAAAAGUCAAUCGGCGAAACUGAUUCAACCACAAAAGAAGAAUUAAAAAACAAAGCUUUACAGCUUUCUUUGCAGUAUAAAUUUGUUACGCCUCUAACAUCAAUGGUUGUUACUAAACCCGAGGAAAAAAGCGUCGGGACACUUCGAGAAGGGGAGGACGCCGAACUGAUUCAUGAAGAUAGUUCACAAAGUGGCAAUAGUUUAACGGCACCUAUCCGAAGAGGCGGCGGGGGUGGUCGAGGCGGCGGAGGUGGAGGUAGAGGCGGCGGAUCAUACGGAGGGGGAGGUGGCGGUGACCCACAUUUCAUGAUCAGAAUUAAAGGCAUGACUCAUCCUCUUUGUUUUGACUUUCCUGCAAAACCUGGAGACGUUCUUCGGCUGCUUUCAGAUACAAAGUCUGGUUUAUUCGUAAAUGCUGGAAUUAUUCCUUCGUUCGAGUUUGACAGACACGGAAAAAUGAAAACGUUUAUGGGAGAAAUAAUUAUUUUAUACAAAAGUCAUGUGAUGAAAAUUACACCAACAGAAAUAAUCUACGAUGGUGCUCAUCUGUUUUGGCAAGAUAGCUUACCGUAUGAUUUUAAUGACGUUAAGGUGGAAAUCAUUACAGUGGGUGGAUACAGAGUUCUGAAUGUGGAUUUCAGAAACAAUGUACAAAUUGCCAUCAAGAAAACUAACGCCUCAAGGUUUCACAAUUCCAGUGUAGAGUACCUGAAUAUGUACAUCGAAAACGAGGCUGGUCUUUCCAAAGCAUCUGACGGAAUUCUUGGCCAAUUUCUACAUCGAUAUAUUUCGGUUUACAAACAACGCAGUAAUAAAAAGGAUCAAAUUGUCGGCCAUCUUCAAAUCAAAGAACCGGGGUUUGACACCACCAGGAUGAGAGCCAUCCUCGUCAAGAAACCAGAUGAAAUCACGGCCAAGCGAGAACCGUGUUGGAAUAUUCAUUCCAAAUUAAAAGACGUGUUUGAUAGAAAUGUCCAAGAUUUCUACAUAAAAGAUAUUAUGCAAACAUAAUACCCGUUACGUUCCUACAUUUUUUCUUUCAUUAUUUGUUUAUAGUCGAGUUUUAUCUUGCAUGUAUGUACAUAAUAGUUUUUGUAUUGGACACUCAUGAAAUGAGAAUAUAUGUAAUCUAUAAUAAACCACGUUUACGUUCGGUUUUCAUUUUAGGCCCAUUAUCAUGUUUCAUUUAUGUAUUUGUGAAUAAUUGCAAAAACUGUGUUCAAC